UUUUGUUGCGAUGCACUUUCCUUACAUUCUCAGUUACCGACAAACCAUUGCAGGUUAGUUGGAAGAUAAAUACACCUACAAAUGUAGAAAAUUGCCUGCUAAAGCUGAAGCUUCUGAUUUGUCAAGGAAUUGCCAGUGUUGCAUAGAUCAGACUGAUGACACAGAAAACGCUGGGAGGAAACUCCAUAUAGGGCAUGACAGACAGAAAAAAUGAGAAUCAUAAAUGCUGUACUCAUCAAUUAUAUGACAUUCAGACAGACUCAUAAAGUAGGCUCUCCUUAUUCUCACACAGUUUGUGACUGCAUUACACCUCAGAAGAGAAGGAAAGAUGAUGUCUUGUAAAUUACCUUUGACAGCAAACAAGAGGAUGAAGAACAGGGCGUUGAUAGUGUCUGUGGAGAACUUCUAUCCAGGUGCAGGUCUGAACAACAGGAACGGUGCGAAGAGAGACACUCGAAGACUUCACAAAAUCCUCAGCAAGCUCGGCUUCUCUGUGGAGAUCAGAAUGGACAUCGAAAAAGAUGAGAUCUACGAAGCAUUUAAAGCAGAGAGCCAGAAGACGGUCAAAGACUGUUUUGUGGGCGUCAUAUCCAGUCAUGGUGAGGAGGGUGUUGUGUUUGGCGCUGAUGGACGUGCUGUGAAACUGGCUGAGAUCUACAGCUACUUUGGAGGCCCGUCAAUGGCAGACAAGAGCAAACUCUUUCUGAUCCAGGCUUGUCGAGGGCAUGGGUUGGAUGAAGGUGUGGAGGCCGACUCUUCAUUCUCAGAGGAAGAGGACGGCAUGUCUGAGCUCUUUUCCAUCCCUAUUGACACAGCAGUCAUGUACGCCACAUCUCCAGGUUACGGUGCAUUCAUGCAUCCUCUGGGCUCGGCGUUGAUUCAAACCUUUUGUAAAUUGCUAGAAGAGGAAGGAGGUCCGGAUCUGGAGAUCACAAGACUCCUGACUCGAAUAAACUUCCAGGUGGCCUACAACUUUGAAUCCAGAGGGAAACGGUUGGGCGGCAAGAAACAGAUGCCGUGCUUUGUGACCCGCUUUACCAGAGAGGUUUUCCCGUUCAGAAAGAUGGCAGCAGCACAAGAUUUGAGCGUGACAUUUGCAGCCACGCAGCUUAUCGAUGAACCCAAUAGAUCACGGAAGAGCUCCAUCAGCUGAACAGAGACGGACUGGAAGAAUAUGUGGAGAAACUGAUUCAUGUUAACUCUUCUAAAGCAGCUCUCAAUGUAUCUCACAGGAGACUGAUAAUGAAUCAAGUGAGUCAUGUCACGUAAAGUUUCAUGUCCAGCAGGAAGUGAGCACAAUGUGACAUUACGUGCUUUUUUAGUGCUCCAUUUAUGUGUCAUGUGUUUUUGCUAUUGCUACCUCAUUAUGCAUAUAACCUACUUAUUCUCUAUAUACACUACGGUUCAAAAGUUUGAGGUCAU